AUGGAACCCGGACACGCUGGAGAUGUCGACGUUAUCGUCGUCGGCGCCGGCUUGGCUGGUCUACAAGCCGCCCACGAUAUCCAAAAUGCUGGCUUCUCCUGCCUGGUGCUUGAAGCAAGGGAUCGGGUGGGUGGUAAAUCGUGGACACGAGAGACAAAGAAUGGGAAAUUGGUCGACGUUGGGGCCGCAUGGAUAAAUGACACAAACCAAUCCAAAAUAUAUGCGUUAGCGAAACGCUUCGAUCUGGAUUUGAUAGAGCAAAACACGAACGGAUAUUGCGUGAUGCAGGAAGAAGAUGGGAAGACGAUUUUGUUCGAAUAUGGAAGUGUUCCAAAGUUCUCUGCGCAAGAAACUGCAAACAUGGUCAUGAUUCGAGAUCUGGUAGAAAGUAUCUGCACGGCAGGUGAAAUACAUCCACAAUAUGACGAAAUCACUUUCGAGGAAUGGAUCAAUCGCAAUGGUGGAGGGCGGACAGCACUCGCCACUGCGACCAUAUGGACACGAGCCAUGUUGGGAUGUGAACCGUCCCAGGCGAGCGCCCUGUAUAUCCUGGACUAUUACAAACGACUGGGAGGGCUUUUACAAGCACGAUCUGACCGCAAGCACGGGGGACAGUACCUUCGGAUCAGACAAGGCAGGUCCAUUCGCCCUGUGAAGCGGUAG